UGUUGUAUUUGCUUUCUAAUUAAUGAUGUUCAACUGUCUGCGUCUGUCAAUCUGUCGGUGCAUGCCCGUGAUUUACUCCAAAACAAUUCUUAAAAACACUCAAGUUGUACUUGUACGCUUGGUCAGUUGUACCUAAACUCAUAUUCAUUCUACUUGUCCUUUUUGCUCUUUGGACAUUCCCAUAGAGAGAUGCUGGGUUUCUUGAUGAGAAAAGAUGUUAGAAAAAUACUCAAGAGGAAGGACAGUGAUGCUGGUGAAAAAGGAAGAGCAUUGGAGGAGGUACGGGCGUCUUUGUUUAGCAAGUUACGAGCAUUUGGAGGUGGAAAGCGUCAACAAACUACCUUAUGGGGGCCUACUGUUGCUUUGACAUUCAAUUUUUUUGUUUCUGUUAGUAUUAUCUUGAUGAACAAAUUGGUUCUUGUUACAGUUGGAUUUAAUUAUCCAAUUUUCCUCUCUUUCCUACAUUACGUCUGUAGCUGGUUGAUAAUGGCUAUUCUUAACGCUCUCUCCAUUCUUUCGUUGUCUACGCCAUCAAAAUCAACAAAAUAUACAUCCUUAUUGUCUCUUGGUAUAGUUAUGUCACUUUCUACCGGGCUUGCAAAUGUGAGUUUGAAGUAUAAUAGUGUAGGAUUUUACCAGAUGGCAAAGAUUGCAGUAACUCCAGCUAUCGUUUUAGCUGAAUUUGUUCUCUUUCGGAAGAAAAUUUCUUUCGUCAAGGUGCUUGCACUGACUGUUGUAUCAGUAGGUGUUGCUGUUGCUACGGUGACAGAUUUGCAGUUUCACUUCUUUGGUGCUUGCAUUGCAGUAGCAUGGAUAGCACCAAGUGCAGUUAAUAAAAUACUAUGGUCCAAUCUCCAGCAGCAGGAGAAUUGGACUGCCCUGGCGCUAAUGUGGAAGACAACCCCGAUUACGUUAUUCUUUCUGGUGAUGUUGAUGCCCUCACUUGAUCCUCCAGGAGUCCUUUCAUUUAACUGGAACUUUUACAACUCAACAAUCAUCGGUGCAUCGGCUGUUCUUGGUUUCUUGCUUCAGUGGUCCGGUGCUCUAGCUCUUGGGGCAACAUCUGCAACAACCCAUGUCGUACUUGGACAGUUUAAAACGUGUGUCAUUCUUCUCGGGGGAUUUCUUCUCUUUGGUUCAAAUCCGGGUCCAACUAGCAUACUGGGAGCAAUCACCGCUCUUGUUGGAAUGUCGUUCUACACUUACCUCAACUUGCAGCAGUCAUCUAAAACAUCGUCCAGACAACCUCUAUCGAAAUCAAAGCUAGGCAAAGAAAAUGCAGAUGGAAGUGGCGGUGAUGAAUCUGUGUAGAGUAAAAAUUUUGUGAAUGGAGAGCAAUUCACUAACCACGUACUACGGCAUUAUUUGUACUCUAAAAAUUUGUAACAGUUCAUUGCUAACAUGCUUAUUGAACAUUUUAUGUAUCACCCACCACCUGUGGUUCAAAGCUGUAUAUCCAAAUAGUUCAUUUGUAGUGCAA